AUGUCCAAGGGGGAAAAUCCUAUUAAAAAAACCAACCAAACAAAAAAACCUAGUGUGUUUCAAGGGUCCAGGCCGUGUUUCAGUGAUUCAUUUCAGCAGCUCCCCGCUGGGACUGAUGCUGUCCCAGUUCUUGGACUGACAGACCCAAGGCUCUGCUACCUACUGGAUGGAUUCCUCUUCAUUUACGCAGUCGUCAUGACAGCCCUUUUUGUGAAAGCAAAGCUUAGCCAGGCCUCUGAACCACAGCUGCAGCCAGGCCAGGAUGAUGUGUAUAAUAAACUGUCUCGUGGACACAGAGAUGAAUAUGAUGUUCUGGGGGGAAAGCGAGGUGCAGACCCUGAGCUGGGCGGGAGACACCAGCAGAGAAGAAGGAACCCUCAGGACACCGUCUACACUUCCCUGCAGAAGGACAAGAUGGGCGAGGCAUACAGUGAAAUUGGAAUGAAGGGAGAGCAGCAGAGGCGGCGAGGCAAAGGGAACGAAGGUGUCUAUCAGGGAGUAGCUGCUGCUGCUGCUGCUACCAAAUUGAGCAAAGGCAGUAUGAAUCCUCAAGUGGGGCCUACAACAGAUAAGAGAAUUUGA